AUGACCUCAUCCGACAACCAUCGCAUCCAAGUUGCGCUCAAUCGGGCGAUUGAGCUGGGUGAAAUCGGCAUCUCCGUUGCCGUUUACCACGGGGGAAAGCUGAUGAUUGAUGCCGUUGCGGGGCAUGUUGAGCGUGAUGGGAGAGAGGUGACCCAUGAAACAUUGUUUCCCGUCUUCUCAGUGACCAAGGGCAUCACAGCCUUGGCCCUGCAUAUCCAGGUCGAACGCGGACUGGUCGACUUACACGCACCCAUUGCCCUCUACUGGCCCGAGUUUGGCGCUGCCGGCAAGGAAAACAUCACGGUCGAACAUGUCCUUUCCCAUCGAUCUGGCGUCCCUCAGAUGCCGCCGGGGGUGACGCCCGAGCUCAUGACGAAUUGGAAGUGGAUGACAGAUCAGAUCGCGCUGAUGGAACCGCUCUAUCCAUCAAACACCGCGAAUGCAUACCAUAUCCUGGUCUGGGGCUGGAUUCUGGGCGAGGUCAUCCGGCGAACGGAUCCAGCUGGUCGACCAUUUGAGGUCUUUGCACGGGAGGAAUUAUUGGAACCGCUGCGGAUCUCCCCGCGAGAUCUCAAUUUUGGCGUUGGCGACGAUGAUCUCUCCCGAGUGGCUGUGCUCUACGGUGGGGAAGACUUCCCCCUGCUAGACCACCACAAUAUCAGUCCAGGCACAGUUUUUCCUGGGGCUACAGUCCAUAAUCUCCCGAUUGUGCAACAGACUGUGGAUCCUAGCGCCGGCGUUAUCGCGACCGCGCCGGCCAUUGCUCGCAUCUUUGCGCUCCUCGCAGAAGGGGGCGAGCUUGACGGUGUUCGCUUGGUAUCAACUGAACGGGUGCAGAGUUUUCUUACCCCUCGUGAUAGAGCCCACGAUCCAGAUAAGGUCGUCGCUAUCCCCGUGUGGCUUGGCAAAGCUGGGUUUUGGCUCGGGGGUGAACCAAGCCGCUCCGACCCCCUGGUUGGUGAGCAUCGGGAGAUCAUCUACUCCCCAGGAGCUGGUGGCUCAAUUGCCUGGGCCGAUCUCCAGAGGCGCGUUGCCGUCGCCAUCUGUCAUAAUAACAUGGACUCCCCAAGAGUGGUUGAACCAGAGAGAACCUUCGCUCCUAUCGUCAAGGCCAUCAAUGAGAUCAUCCAGGACCGCGAGUCGCAGGAAGGAAGUUCUUAG